CUUUGGGAAAAUUCAACCGAAACGCAAGUUGUAAACACAAGUGAACGGUUUUGUGGUGGUUUGUGCACAAAAUGACUAAAUCGAGGUUUAAGCGCGACUAGGCCGCAAUGUUGGUCAUCUCCGAACACAGCUACCUGGGCGGGACGGAUGGGGGCACCGUGUUGGGGGCCAUCGCCGGCAUGGGGGCCCUCCUCCUCGUUUUCCUCCUCUACAUCAAGAACAAACGCUGGUGGUGGGGCUCCGUCGGAGGCAUGGGUUGCUGCGAUGAAGCUUGCCCCCCUGUGUCCUCGCGCCCCGUCCCCUCACCACCAGUGCCUGCAACUUCUUUCACUCCAGCUCCCCUCAAGCACAAGUUAGUCAAAGCGUAUUCCUUUGAUGGGGGCGACUCGAGUUCCGAGUCCGAAAUGGGUGGUUCAAAAUUCCGUCAAAAUUCCACAUCUGGCACAACAGGCCCUUAUUACCCACCUCGCCAAGUCCACGACCUUAUUUCCCUGGUUGAGAAGGGCAGGGUUGGCGUCAGCAGCAACAGUUCCUGUUGCAGCUCAACAACAAGUUCAGUGGGGGAGAAGCACGGGGUGCCCGCCACAAGGGUCACAGCACAGAUCAACGAUAAUCACGGGAGGCUGUCGACGGAUUUGCGCGAAACGAAAAUUGACAAUCAGGGAAUUGAUUAUCAGAAGAUCGAGACUUCGUCAACCAUCGUCCAGACGGACAUCAACAGUAACCGAGACUGCAUUGUCGUAAUGAACACCGACACGGACGAGAGAAACGACCUAAUGUGUUGUAUCAGAUCCGAACCUGAAACGCAGCUAGUGAACAAAUGUGGUCAACUGGAAAUUGCUCUUUUAUAUGACGCGCCCAUGCGGAAAAUGACGGUACACGUUCUUCAGGCAAGGGAUAUACCAAGUCGGGAUCGCGGUCAACCCACACACACGCAGGUGCGGUUGAUUUUAUUGCCUAGCAAGAAACAGAAACACAAAACCAAGAUACGAUCAGGUGAAAAUCCGCAAUAUAUGGAAAGCUUCGUCCUCCAUCGGGUCAAUCCAGAGGACGUGAACUCAAUGGGCAUAAGACUGCGGUUAUACGGGUGCGAGAGGAUGCGACGUGAGCGACUCAUCGGAGAAGCGGUCGUCGGUUUCACUCACAUCAACCUCGAACUAGAAAACAACUUCUGGCUCAACCUCGAGCCCCGAGUCGACACGACGCUGACAGGUUGUGCCGGGGAGCUCACAAGUCUAGCUCGGUCGGAUAGCACGGGCUCCACACACUCGAUGCAACACGGGGGAGUCCCCGAGUUGCUCCUAGGGCUGUGCUAUAACGCUACGACCGGUAGACUUAGCAUAGAGGUGGUCAAAGGGUCGCAUUUCCGAAACUUGGCCCUAAAUCGGGCCCCUGAUACCUACGUUAAACUGAAUUUGGUCAGUAGUACAGGGCAGGAGUUGGCCCACAGCAAGACUACGGUCCGGAGGGGGCAACCCAACCCACUUUUCAAGGAAACCUUCGUUUUUCAAGUGGCGCUGUUCCAGCUGGCCGACGUGACGCUGAUGGUGUCGGUGUACAACCGGAAAGGCGUCACGAAGAAGAAGGAAAUGGUUGGUUGGUUUAGUUUAGGUUUGAAUUCGAGCGGGGCCGAGGAGCUCGCCCACUGGAUGGACAUGAAGGAGUCCCAACAGCAGCAGAUUUGUCGUUGGCAUAUUUUAGUGCAGUCAUAGCCAUUACUCACACAUAUCAUCUAAUUUCGUUCUGUGACCAUUUUAAUCGGGGUUUCGGUUGCAGGCAGUCGUAAUUUUAUUGUUUAAUUAAGAUUGUGUAGGGUAGAGUUAAGUAACUGCCAAAUUAAGUGAAGAUUAAGCCUUGAAUGAGUUGGUUAAAAUGGUUAUUUGAUAUUUUCGAACUAUUAACAUAUACGCUAACUUGUCUAUGCCUUAUUAUUGUAUUAUGUAGUGUUUAGAAUGGAACGGAUGUGAAGGGCUCGUGAUUGAUAAAAACUGUACAUUCCGUUUGCCAUUCCUUAAAUUUUAUUGUGAUAUUAUAAUCGAAUUUGAAGAUCAAAACUCUGAUGCGACACGGGAGCACGUCUGUAGGGCACAAUCAAAGCAACCGACUUACAGAUUUGCCAAAACAAGUGGAUUCAAAUGCACAAAUUAAAUAUAAGCUUCAGGAUUGACUAAGACGAACUCGGUAGGGAUGGGUUUUAGCUUUAUACGUAAUACGCUCACGUUUUUUCAGUAUUUUUAAAAAGUUUAAAACUACUGAAAAUCAGUGUCAUACUCGGCUUCCUCGAUUAGUCAGGGUCAUUAAUUAGGGAAGCUGGCAUUUUUUAUCUCAACUUUACAAUUACCAAAAAUCGAUCAUAACAAGACAAUUUCUUGUUGUUUUGCCGUCUUGUUACCUUGUGGAGCGAUUUUUGGAAAUUGGGUAAAUAUCGGGUUUUAGAAAUUAACUUUAUCGAAUGUUAGAUAUUACAAAAUUAUAGAAGGUAAGUACAAAACUCAUCCUCAAGGGGUGUAUUCGGGAUUAAGGCAAUGAUUAAUCCCCUGUGCACCGCUUUGCGAGCCUCUUGUACAUGUAUAAAGUUUUAUACUUAUAUUUGUAAAAUAUUGUCAAUUUAAUGUGUUCAUAAACUAAUGGAAACCCUUUCAUGAAUGUGAAACUGGCCGUGAUUUUAUGUGAUUGGAGUUAUUUGAAGAUAAUCUUAUGAUAUUGUUAGUGUUUUACGGCUCGAGCCGCUGGUUUUCAGUAAAACACGGAAGGACCAUGUAAAUAUUAAGCGGAGCUGCUCCAGCUUCUGUAAGAUCUCCCAUCCCUACGGAAAUACCGAGUGACUAAACGGCACAACCAUUGCCAGUCACCCGGUACAAGUGUAAAUUGCCUUCAAUUCUUACUUUACCGUACGUUUAGAACUAUACCAUUUUGUACCUUUCCAAUUUGAAUUGUUACCAGUAUUAAAUUUGCAUGACAGAUAUUCGCACCGCUGAACACAAAAUGCACACUAAAUCGGUGUCUUUUUAAUAAUUAUUGUAUUCUACAUAUUUUGUACAAAUAAACUUGGAUUAUUUAUGUCGAA